CUGUUAUCGAUAUUCCCCUUAUUAAUGUCGAUAACAUACGUGGCCGGUCUGGCAGCUCUGUGCAACAAGUUGAAAAAUAGAAGAAGCAAAUAGAAACAGCGUCCGCAAAUAGUGCGCAAAAUAGUGUUUUUUUGUUAACGUGCAACAGUGACAUUGUUAAGCCAUUGAAUGCAAGUGAUAGUGGGACCAGAAAAACAAUGCAAAACACUUGGCCACGCAACAAUAACAAUUGAGCAAGGCACACACACACACACACACAUGUGCAGGCACCCACUCGUGUAAGAGAGAGAGAAAGAGAUAGCGCGAGUGUGUGAGUGAGCGAGAGCAAGAACUGUAACUGUAAUAUAAUUGAUAAAACAAAAAACGUCAGGAGCAGGAAUCCAGUGAAAGAGAGGCAGUGGCAGAAGGAGAGAGAGAGAGAGCUAGCGAGUAAGAGGACAGCGAAAAAGAGCUGAAAAAGGAGGAGGAAUUGUUGUUGCUAAAAAUAGCAACAAAUAGACAGGGCACGAAGAAGAAGAAGACGACGGCAAAUAAGAGCAAGAAGAAGAAGCGUUGACGCAGGCAAAAGUCGCAGCCUUUUUGGCCACUUGGACUCUUACUUUGUCCCGUUAGCCAGCUAACGCUCUCCCGGCGAGCAACAACAACAACAACAAACAUCGAUAGCAACAAUAACAAUAACAAUAUCAAGGAGUACGACAUCAGCAUCAUCAACACAAAACAAAACAAAACAACAAGAACAACAACAGCAAGUACGACGACGGACCAAAACUAUGCUUUUGAAAUUCACAAAAACCAGUGGCGCUGGACCCUCGGCCGUACCGCUACUGACCCCCGCCCCCGCGCCGGGCUCCAGUUCGGCGUCCAUGCAGGCAACAACAACAAGUUACGCGGCCCGCGGAACAGGCAUGAGAAUGACCAUGUCCACCAAUUCCACAAUGAGUGCGCGAAUACAUCGAAAAGGAUUUCGCAUACCAUCGAAAAGACAGCCGGGUAAGGGAUUGCCCGGCAAGCUGCACACCAUAUCCAGGACGGGUCCUGGCAAAAUGGUUCCUGGGAAGCGAAUACCACAGCGACCCCAUCCGCCGCCCUGCGACAACUCGAACGACAGUGGGCUGGGUUUCGAUCAGCACACGGAGCUGAGAUCCUCGGCAGGAGCUGGGGGCGUGGCUGAUCCGGCGGCCAAUGGAGGCAGUGGCUCCAAUUCCGGCCAGCGAUCCAGUUUGCUGGUCAAUAGCGCUUUAACCAACACAGUGGCUGCUGCAGCAGCCGCAGCAGCUGCCGCGGUGGCCAGCAACACGUUGCAGCAGCAUCAGCAGCACCACCAACAGCAGCAGCAGCAACAGCAGCAGCAACAACAGCAGCAGCAGCAGCAACAACAGCAGCAGCAGCAACAUUCACCGCAGCAGCAUUUAAUCAGAGCGAUACCUGUAUCAAGAUCGCGGAACAACACGAAAGUGAUGGCUCACUGUCUGGAGGAUCUGGACCUGAUAUCGGCGUCCUCGGAGGACGGCUCGGCCAUUGCGCCGCCGGCCGUUUUGGACGAGGACACGGGCUUCGUGAACGACACCAAAACGACGACAGCCGGUGGCAAUAGUAGCUCGGAUCCAUUUGGAGGCGUCUUCAAGGCAACCGAGGCAGCCGUGGCAGCAGCCGUUAAUGCCUUCAAUCUGCAACAGCAGCAGCAUUCGGUGCAUCAGCAGCAGCAGCAUCAACUCUUUCAGUACAACGGAUUGCUGUUGCAGCCGCAGCAGCAGUUGCAGCACCAGCAGUCGCAGUCGCAUCACCACCAGCAACAACAACAACAGCAUCACCGCCAUGGCAAGCAUAUCAAACGCAAGAAGCUCGAGUGCAACCAGGUGGAGCUGGACAACGAUGAUGCCUGCAGCGAGGAUGAGUUCAUCCGCAAGAUUGCCAGUUCGGUAACGAUGUCACCCGCGCUCGAGGCCACGCCCUCGCCGCCGCCCAUUGCCGCCUCCGUUGCACCUGCCACGACCAUUGUUAACCUCCUGCCGCUCAUCAGCAGCGGCAACAACAACAACAACAACAACAUUGAGACAAAAUUCAUAUCGGCCAGGAAUGUCACUCGCGUGGCUAACAAACGUCAACCCACUACCCCGCUGAACAGCGUCGCCAGCUCCAACGAUGGCCAGGUGCAGCUGGAGAUCUUGUCGCAGCCGGAACAACAGCAUCGGGCUCGCUACCAAACGGAGGGCAGCCGCGGUGCCGUCAAGGAUCGCAGCGGCAAUGGAUUCCCGAUCGUCCGACUGACCGGAUACGAUAAGGUUGCCGUCCUCCAGGUCUUCAUCGGCACGGACAUUGGACGCGUGGCACCGCACAUGUUCUACCAGGCCUGCAAGGUCGCCGGCAAGAACUCGACGCAGUGCAACGAGAAGAAGGUCGACGGCACCAUGGUCAUUGAGAUCGAUUUCAAGCCCGAAACGGACAUGACCAUCACUUGCGAUUGCGUUGGAAUCUUGAAGGAACGCAAUGUGGAUGUGGAGCACCGAUUCCCCGAGCAUCUGGCGCAAAAGAACAAGAAGAAAUCGACUCGCUGCCGGAUGGUGUUCCGCACCCAGCUGACCCGUGACGAUGGCACCACCGAGACCCUCCAGGUCUGCUCGAAUCCAAUCAUCUGCACUCAACCACCUGGCGUGCCGGAAAUAUGCAAGAAAUCAUUAAACUCCUGUCCCGUUGAUGGCGGCCUCGAGCUGUUCAUUAUCGGCAAGAACUUCCUGAAGGACACACACGUGGUGUUCCAGGAGACGUACGACAGCGUCAACGGCGACGAUCCGGCCACGGAAAUUGCAGUGCGCCAGCAGCUUAUCGGCGGAACAGCCGCUCUUUGGGAACAGAGUGUUCUGCCGGACAAGGAGUACCUUCACCAGACUCAUCUGAUUUGCACGGUGCCACCGUAUCUGCACCAGAACAUCCUGAAGCCGGUCCAGGUUCAGGUGUCGAUCGUCUCCAGCGGCAAGAAGAGCGAACCGCACACGUUCACCUACACGGCCAAGGGACAGUACACGACGCUGGCGGCGGCCAGCACGUUAAGUAACACAAUCCACGCCCAAGAUGUGAGCGGUUUCAUGGACACCACAUCAGCGUCCAAUGCGAGUGGCUCCAGUGGUUGGAGUGGGGCAGGCGGCUCCGGAAGCAACCCAUCUGCAGGCGAUAAUGUGGAGGCCAAGCACGAGAUCGAUUCGGGCAUGAUGCCUCCGCCCAUCACCACCCAAAUACCGAUGGGCGUUCGACGCUCCUCGCUGCCCAGUGUCACACCCAUGAUCACGGACCAGCAGCUGGUCCAUCUCAACGCAGUGGCGGCCAGUGCCGAGGCCCUGAAGACGGAACUCGACGACAGCAACUCGCACAGCCCCCUGACCGGUGAAUCCACACCGGACAGCCCCAACGCAGCCUUGCAGUAUCAUCGCUUUGCACGAAAGCCCAGCCUGGACACCAUUAUGUACGAUCAGUCGAACAGUCUGCCCGGUUUCCCGGCCGUUGUGGCGCCGGCUACAGCUGCCGCCGUGGCCGCAGCAGUUGAUAUUGAUCCGGCGGCGGUGGCCGUUGCGGUGGAAAUGGCCGUAAAAAACGAGAUUGUGAAGCAUGUCGUGCAGCAGCACCAGCAGAUGCAGGAGCAAAUGCACGAGCAGCAGCAACAGCAACAGCAGCAACAACAGCAGCAGCAACAGCAGCAGCAACAACAACAGCCCCAACAACAGCAACAACAGCAGCAGCAACAGGUGCACAAGUUCAUUGAUGAGCUGACCAAAUCCACUUCGGUGGUUUCCAGCAAUGGCACCACCGAACCAGCUCUGUUCACCACCUCGGCGGUGAUCGAUCAUGCCCUGACCGAUAUUCUGCAGGCCAAAGUCGGCAUUGCGCCGCCCAAUGUGGUGCUGGAGAGGAGUUUGUCCCUAAGCUCCACAAACUCCAACAGCUCCAUGAGUGGCAGUGAGACUUCGCCGAAUAGUUCACCUUUGACGCAGGAUAUCAUACUCAAUUCGGAACCGGCAGCAGCUCUGGCCGGAGCUGCUGCCUUGGGUGGCCCGGCGCCUGUCGAUGUCACCGGUGGUCUGUCCACCGAUAUCAUUAUGAAUCCCGCCGUUUCACCCUCGACUAUUUUGUGCUCCGCAAAUGGAGCGGCCACUGCCGUAGUGCCGAAUAUACUCGCACCUCACCAAGUGACCAUGGCCAACUCCAUUUUGAACGACAUUGCCAUGCAGCCGGAACCUACACAGCAGGAUGCAGCUGUUGCAGCCUUGGCAUUGAGUAACAUCAUGAUGAGUCCACCCACCGCGGCAUCGGGUGUGGGAGUUGGGGACACACUGCCACCAACACCAGCGACUAUGCAGCCAGAGGUCGCAGCCACUGCCACAUCCACUGCGGUCAGCAACAUGAUUAUUAAGGCGGCGGCGGACUUUAUAACCACCCAGGAGCAGGAGCAACACCACUACCACCACCACGGUCGCGUCCACUCCCAUUCGCCACAGGCAGCUGUCGGAGUGAGCGGUAUUCCUGCCGAGACGGCAUCGGAUCCAUUGGUUAACCUGCUAUUGAACCACUCAAACACACCAGAAACAGCGGCUGCUGCCGCUGCCGCAGUAGCUGUUGAAGCGGCCAACUUCCAGUCGAUGAAUCACAGUCACCACAGCCAUCAUGGUCAUCAUGGUCACAGUCACGGCCACGGCCAUAGUCGCGUCCCAGGACACGUAUCCGGGCAUGUGACCAGUCACCAUCGUGGUCACCACUUGCCGGUGGUGCCGCCGACACCACAAGAAUCUCUGAUCGUUGCGCUGGCCAGCGAGAAUGCUCUGCAAAAGUCGGUGGCCACCGCCGCAGUGACCACCAAUGGAGCAGUGAUGACGCAGCAGGCAUCUGCCCCGAACACAGCGGGCAGCAUACUUCCGGCGGCGGUUGGAGCGGUAGCUGCGGCGGCCGCCGUGGCGGUGCAGCCGCCCAUUCCCCAGGAGCUGACCACGAUGUCGGAUCAGGAUCUGAUCAGCUACAUCAACCCGAGCACCUUUGAUCAGCUUUAAACGGCUUCAGAUCAACAAAUUAAACUAUGUGGACUUGCUUUUUUUUUAUCAACGAUAAAUGUCACUCCUACACAGGCUUAGUCUUAAGUAUAUAUGUAGUAUAUAGAGAAACACACACAAACAAAAAAAAAACACAAACGAUAAGACGGAAUAAAGG